AUGGCCAAAAAGAAGGUGAAGGAAGUAACCCCGGAAGUUAAGGAGAAGAGGAAGAAUAAGAAGCCAAUUGAAGAACCAGAGGAGAUCAAAAAGCCUCAAAGGGGUUUGGCUAUUGGUGAUAAUUUUGGUUGGACAGGUAAGUUACCUGCUACCUUACUUCACGAACAUUGUCAGAAGCAAAAAUGGGGAAAAGUCAUAUUUGAUAUGAAGAAAACAUCUAAGGGUUUUAUAGGAAUUGCUAAUUUAUCUUGGGAAAACCCCAAGACUAAGGAAGUUAUUCACAUUAAGAUGAUGCCGGAUUCAGAUAUGUAUGAACCAAAGGAAACGACAAAUGAAGCCCGUCAUUAUGUGGCUACUUAUGCAUUGUUUAGAAUAAACUAUGUAAAGAAUAUGAAAAUGAUUUUACCAAAGAUUUUUCGGGACUAUUGGUCAGACUUAGAAACGAAACGUUUAGAAACAUUGAAAUCAAACAAAGAGAAGCAUGAUGUUAUAUAUAAUGGUAACCCAUUCACAGUCUUUCUCGAGCAAAGGGCAAAAUCUGAACAGCUCUUAAAAGAAAAAGAACAAAAACAGCAGAAUGAUUUAAAAGUUCGUAAGCCAACUGUAAAUAUUUCAUCUUCGAAUAAGACACUGAGCACUCUGCCAAAUUUAAAGUCAACAACGAAAAGACAAGGAAAUAUGAACCACAAUAGUCCUUCAUUUCCAAAGAAAGUUUGGGCAAAUGCUCCAUUCAUUGAUUUUCCAUCUGAAUUACGUAUUUCAAUUGAAAAUUCUAUUAAAAAUCAUAUUAAUUGGAUUUUAGAUGAUGACGCUUCGCAGAAUAAUGAAGAACAUUUGCACAGUUUGGUACGAUUAGGAUUUCGUGAAAGUCAUAUCAAAGAAUCAUUCCAAUAUACUUCAAGUUUUAUUGAUUCGCUAGAAUGGCUCUUGUUUCAUAUACCCGAAGACGAUUUACCUCCAUUUUUCUCUAAAUCAGAUCAGGAUUCUAGUGUUUCCUUGAAAAUAUCUAAGAAUAUUCAAUUUGAAUAUUUAGUUAAUAGAGUGAGUCAGUCUGGUUUUGACAUGGAUGAGAUUUUAACAACGCUUGAAGAAAAUAAAAAUGACGAGUUAAAGACUUGUGUACAAUUAACUCAUAGAAUAGUUGAAUACUCACCGGUACCAGGAGAUUUCGGCGAAUCGCAAGAAUUAUGGGAGCAAGAGAUAGAUGGCAUUCAAAUGAUUGAUGCAAAUAAGAUUCACUACAUUGAGAAUUCCCAAAAUAGGAUAGUUACUAUAAGCUUGAAUUCAAAAAACCUCAAACAAGAUGAUUUAUUAAGUUUAAAGUUAUACAAAAGUGAUAACUAUCCUAAUGACUUACUCGGUAUCCAGUUAAUUGUAAAUAAUAACUCCUUCAAAUUAGCAAAUUAUAUUAAAUUAUCUAUUUUAAGACAAUUGAUCCAAUAUAUUAUAAAGAAUGGUUUCCUAGGAGACUGUUAUAUAUUCUCGAUUGUUGAAUGGUUAGAAGAUAAUAUAUCAAUGAUUAUUGAUAAUCCAGGCCCAUUGAUUCAAGGAGACUUAAGUAGAGAAUCAUCUAGAGAAAAAAACCAAGCUAUAUCAUCAAAGAAAGCUUUCAAAAAUAAAAGAGAAAAAAAAUUACAGCCUGAAGAUAUAGAUAACUUGAGUAAGAAAUACCAAGUGAAAUUAAAGUCUAACGAAAUAUUGAACUCUUUGAAAAAGAGAAGUGAAUUACCAGCUUGGAAAAAGAGAGACCAGUUAGUCUCAGUGAUAAAUUCAAAUAAAGUUACCAUUGUAACUGGUGAAACUGGGUCGGGAAAAUCUACCCAAAUCGUACAGUUUAUAUUAGACUAUCUAAAUUCUACUGGUGAUUUUGAAAGUUCGAUUAUCUGUACUCAGCCCAGGCGUAUUUCUACAAUUGGCUUAGCUGAGAGAAUUUCUGAAGAAAGAAACGAUGAUCUAGGUAAGGAGACGGGAUAUAUCAUUAGAGGCGAAAAUAAAACUUCUAAUGGAACAAGAAUAUCUUUUGUUACUACGGGGGUUUUAUUAAGAAUGCUCCAAUCUCUUAUGACCUCUUCGGAUCAAAAUGAAAUUGGGAUCUUUAAUAAAUUGCAAUACAUUUUCAUAGAUGAAGUACACGAAAGAUCCGUUGAUAGUGACUUCCUUUUGGUUAUUUUGAAAAAGAUAAUGAAGAAAUUUCCAAAAUUAAAAAUUAUCCUAAUGUCAGCUACCAUUAGUGUCGAUAAAUUUCGCAAUUUUUUCAACAUGGAUCUAAAUCAUAUUCAUAUUGAAGGACGAACAUUUCCUAUCGAGGACUAUUAUUUGGAUUCAAUUUUAAAUGACUUGGAUUAUACCAUUACUACAAAUGAUCAGAUUAUAAAGCCCAAGGCUGAUUCUCAUUUUUUUAAACAAGGAAAUAUUAAUUAUGAUUUAAUAGCAAGUCUUUGUUUAAAGAUCGAUAAAGAAUUAUCAGAGGACAGAAAUAAAGGGUCAAUUUUAGUAUUUUUACCUGGUAUUAUGGAGAUUAAUCAUUGCAUUAGAAACAUUGAAAAGGCUUUUGAUGAAAGCAGAAGGAAAAAUUGGUGUUUACCUUUGCAUUCGGCAUUAUCUUCCAUAGAUCAGAAGAGAGUUUUUAAAAUUCCACCCAAAGAUGUCAGAAAGAUAGUGGUUUCUACUAAUGUGGCUGAAACUUCUAUCACAAUCCCUGACUGUGUUGUUGUUAUUGAUAGUGGAAGAUCAAAGACGCUAUUUUUUGAUUCCAAGAUACAUACAACAAAAUUAAUUGAGAAUUGGUGUUCAAAAGCGGAAGUUAGUCAAAGAAGGGGAAGAUCAGGUCGUAUAACUAAUGGUAAUUGUUACCACUUAUACACAAAAGAAACCGAGACUGGAAUGCUUGAUCAGCCAAUUCCCGAAAUCAAGAGAACAAGAUUGGAAAAUUUAUAUUUGGUUGUUAAAGCCAUGGGUAUUAAGAAAGUUGAGGAGUUUUUGAGUGGCGGUUUAGAUCCUCCUGAUCAACAUUCUUUAUCUAAAUCAAAGAAAGUUUUAACAGAGAUUGGUGCAUUGAAUAAGGAUAAUUUAUCUCACUUAGGUAAUUACUUGUCAUUGUUACCUACAGAUCUACUUAGUGGUAAAUUAUUGAUUUUUGGAUGUAUAUUUGGAUGUUUAGAGAUCUGCUUAACGUUGGCAUCAAUACGAUCAACAGGGAGUCCAUUUUUGAAUAAUUUUGAAAAUAGAGAAAGAAUCAAGCAGACACAAAAUUCAUUUUCCAAAGGUCAAGGGGAUUUAAUUGGAAUGGCCAAUGCAUUCAGGCAAUAUGAAGAUUUGAAAGGCGAAAGUAAAAAUGCAAAGAAAUUUCUUAACGAAAACUUCUUAUCAUAUUUGACUCUAAAAGAAAUUGCAUCAACAAGAACACAAUAUAUUUCCAUUUUGAAGGACAUUGGAUUUGUUGCUAUAAACUACAAUCCAAGAAAUUCAAAUAAUGAGGGCCACAAGUCACUAAAUAGGAAUAACGAAAAUUAUUCUAUUGUAAGAGCAAUUAUUGCAUCAUCAUUCUAUCCUCAAAUUGCCAGGGUACAGCUUCCUGACCCCAAGUAUGUUCAGUCGUUAGUGGGGGCUGUUGAAAUUGAUCCUGACGCUAAACAGACGAAAUUCUGGAUUCGGAAUGAGAAUUAUAUUGACAAUGUUAAGAAUGGAGUGGAGGCAAAUGAUGUUUUACCAGCCACAAGGGCAUUUCUUCAUCCUUCGUCUGUCUUAUUUGAGACAAAUAAUGUGAAUGAUUCGAAUACACCUAGCAAUGAGGAUUUUACUAAUGAGGAGGAUAUCAAUAAAGUCCGUCAAAUGUAUAAGGAUCUUAAACCUAGAGUUCCAGGUAGUAGUAAUGCCGCAAAAGCAACAUUUGUAGCUUAUGGUACAUCGCAUUACACACAAAAGCUCUAUUUGCGUGAUAUAACCCCAACAAGUACUAUAGCUGCAUUAUUAUUCGGAGGGGAUAUCGCCUACGACAUGACAAGCCAGGUUACUUCUGGAAAAUCAUCUCCAGGUAUCGUAUUAGAUAAUUGGAUGCCUAUUAGAACGUGGUGUAAAAAUGGUGUUCUUAUAAAGAGACUUAGGAUUUUGCUAGACUCCUUGAUAGAAGAUAAACUCUCAAAUCCCCAUUAUUCCGGGAAUGAAGAUGGUUCGACAAGUUCUAAUGACGAAAUAUUGGUUGUAAUUGAAAGGAUCUUAAAUAUUUAA